GGUAAUAAUAGGACUUCACUUAUCUUUCUUCACAAAAUGCUGCGAAUUACUUUGCUCUCUCCUGCAAAGAAGCCCAGAGAAGCGGCUUGAAUUGGACAAUAUCUGUCUCCAUAACUGGUUUCAGUACUUUUAUUAUCAGCCUGAGGAUAAGGAGAUUAUUGACAUCAAUUCAUGCAGCUAUGAAAUUGGAGGGAAGCUCGGUGAAGGAGGCUUCGGAAGCGUUUAUGCAGGGAUUCGCUUGACAGAUGGCCUUGAGGUGGCGCUGAAAUUCGCUGACAGUGUGGCUAUAGAAUGGAUGGACAUUGAGGGUUAUCCUGAACUCGUUCCACAGGAGAUCGGUCUGGUAAUUCUGGCCAGUAAUGGUCCCAGAGUUCCCCAAAUCAUCCAGCUCCUGGACUGGCAGGAGGAGCCUGAACGAUACAUUACGGUUCUAGAGCGGCCUCCACACUGUGAGAACUUGAUUGAAUUUCUAGACCGUCACAGAGGCACCAUCAAAGAGGACGUAGCAUCAGUUAUCAUAAAGCAGGCAACACUGGCAGCUCAGACAUGCUGCCAACGUGGAGUGCUGCACCGCGACAUAAAAUUAGAAAACCUGUUAAUCAACCCUGACACCCUGGACAUCAAAAUAAUUGACUUUGGGUGUGGCGAAAUCCUGACUGAUGCAGGAUACACGUCCGUUGCUGAAUAUGAGAUAAACAGAGAGUAUCACGGAGAACCGGCGACAGUUUGGUCCCUCGGGAUGCUCAUGUUUGCUAUGCUGUGCGGGAAGUUUCCGGAGUCAGAAGACUUGGAUGAGCUCGAUGAAAACACCUGGACCAGUAAAGCCCAAAGGAGUGCAACUGACAGUGGGACCACCUCUAAAAUCCCUAGACUUGACACCACCGCCAAGACGCCAGAUGCUUACAACGACGUCCUCCAAGCUGAAAGCCAGUCUCAAAAGCCUAGGGACUGCCUUAAUGGCUUUGUCUGCAACAUUCAUGACAACCAGGAAAACUGA